AUGUCCCCCGUACUCGAUACUCUUUCAACCAUCCUGUCAGACCUAGAUCUGGUAUCCUCAUCGGGCAGAUAUGACGCCGCAACAGGGUUCAAAAAAACCCAGGCUGGCUUUUACGAUUGCUUCGACAAACUGAUGGCCGCAAGCAAAUCCUUGAUUGCAGCCUACCACUCGAUGUUGGAAAUGCACAAGGACUGCGCCCGCAUGAUAAACCAACUCUUGGCUCUGGGCCAACCAAAUUCUGUCGUCGUUCAGCAUAUUCGGGCGCGGAAGGCACAAAUCGAGCAAGAUAUGCUAGAGAUGGAAUCGAUUCAAUGUGAGACUAUGCGAUCGAUACAGCUGCUGCAUGACGGCAAUCAGCUCGUCAUUCGGAUACUUCGAAGAUUGAAGCAACCGGAGGAGGAAAACCAGAAAGGCUGCAAGCGCAAAGCCGAUGAGAUGGACGGAGAAUCGGAUUCUGGAUCUAGUGAGGCAGAGUAA